CAGGCAUUGAAGUCUCAAAAUUCAUUGGUAACUUUGAGAUUCGUGAUGUGAUGGAAGUUUCAAAAACUCGAAAGAAGUACAAGCACUACACAUGCCUCUGUGUUUCAGUUAUGGGGCAGAGAAGAUUUAGAAUAUCGAUGGGUGCCCUUAUCCCUUCUCCGGAAGCAGGAGAUGCAUCAGUUAUGAUACCAAAAAUGAAGAAAUGUACUGCUAUUUCUGACGAUACCUCUAAGAGUUUUGUUUCUACAUCAGAGAGAAAUAUAAUUAAUCGAAGUACUUUGAUGUCUGCAUCAAAUUAUGAUUGCAUUAAUGAUGCGAAAAAUGCUGCGUACGAACACAUGGUUUUAAUGGAAGAUGGUGUUUUAGAUGAAAUGAGCACUUCUACUAUUCACGAUCAAUGCCAGUUUCCAUACUACAGGAGUAGUAAAAACAGAGGCAGAUUUCCAGAUGCAGUUUUGGUAAAGGAUGUUGGUGUAUCGUGUAUGCUUUCAGAUCGGAAUGCCUCUACUGUACAUGUACCUGAAACUAAAACCCUUGUUAAACAACUUAAGAAAGAGUAUAACGAUAUAUCUAAUAUUACAAACAAAAUCACUAUGUAUACGAAAGACAUCUUAAGGCAUUUAAAGAAUAAAAAUAAAAGAAAACAUCGGUUACUUCAACAUCUGAUAUCUUCGAAACAUGUAAUUGCCUCACAGUAUAUAGAUAAUACUGGCAACCUUUGUUUAAAAUUAAGGCUUUACAGUAAUGCCGAAACACAAUGUACUCCACGAAAUAUUAAAGAUGUUGACAAUGUAUUCAGAGACAAAUGUGUUACAAAGAAGCAGCGCUGUAAACACUCUAAUAGUCGAAAAUCAUGUAAAAAUCAAACCGCAUGUCAGGAAAGUACAAGAUCAAAACUUGAGAAGGAUAUUCAAACAGAAAUUCUAAAAGAAAAUGUGGAAAUAAGUACAACAAAUUCAUCAGCACCCAGCACUUCGUCCAUUUACAAUUAUUUAACAAUGAGAAAAAGGAAAACUCCAAGUGGAAAGUUUAAUCCUGUAUCAACGAAGCUAAAUGAUAUACAUAAACAUUGGAAUCAUAAAAAUUGCGGUAGUAAUAAAGAUCAUAAGGAGCAUUUAAAAAGGUGCGAACCAGUGAUAUUUACUAACUGGAAAGAAAUUUCAAAAUCUAAGCAAUCUAAAAUUAAAGCAUCGUCUGUUAUUUCUGAUGAAUCAGAAGAAAUGACAAACACAAAAAAGCCAACAUUGCAGAAAUCACUGCUCAAUUAUGAUAUGAUUAAUAAUGUACCCAAUACCAUGUUCCAUACUAUUAAUAUUCGAAUUGUAGAACAGAGUACAAAACAUGUAUAA